AUGAUUUCCUCGGAGGGAAUUCUGGCCCUCGUGGCCAUUGUGAGCACUGUGUCUCGAGGAACUCUGGGCAGCGAUGAACAUCGGCAGAUCUCUCGCGUGAGGGGUAUAUCUCUACAGAUGAAAGCCUUCUACGACCCUCUCAAAGACUUCCAAUGCCUCGAUGGAUCGAUGAGGUUGCCCUUCUCGUACGUGAACGACGACUAUUGCGACUGCCCUGACGGUUCUGAUGAGCCAGGAACUUCGGCUUGUCCCAGAGGGAAAUUCCAUUGCGUGAAUUUGAUGCAUUCCCCCUUGGACAUCCCAUCAUCCAGAGUUAAUGACGGACUCUGCGACUGCUGCGACGGAAGUGACGAAUACGAUUCCGGCGUUUCUUGUCCGAAUACCUGCGAUGAACUCGGACGGGCAGCUCGCGAGGAAGCUAAGCGCAGGGAAGAACUUAUCAGUCAAGGAGGAAAACUCCGCCGUGCCCUGGUAGACGACGGAAAACAGAAGGUGAACGAAGCGAAGCAAAAAAUCGACGAGCUGAAGACCGAAGUCGAGAAGGCAAAGGCAACCAAGGACGAAAGGGACGCGCUCAGGAAAGAGGCCGAAGAAAAGGAACGGGUUCUGCUCGACGAGGAAGCCAAAUCCAGACGAGAAGCCGAAGAUCAGAACAAAGCGCAGGACGAACAAGAUAAAGAACGAGUGAACAAAUAUGUGGAAGAGGACAAACUCCAAGCGGAAGAAGCAUUCCACGACCUCGACACAAACGAAGAUGGACUCGUAACCUAUAGCGAGGUCAUGAAUUACCUCCAGUUCGACCAGAACAAAGACGGCACCGUCUCCGAGGACGAAGCAAAGUUCUUCUUGGCCUAUCGAGAGGAAGUGGAUUCGGAAGAAUUCUCCGGCACAGCCUGGCCCCUGAUCAAACCCGCGUGGCUGUUGCACAAAACGGCUCCCUUCCAAGACCCAUCGGAAGCCGAGGGAGGAGCCGGAGCAGAAGCCGAUGGAGAAGCCGACGGAGAAACCGAAACCCACGACGGCGAAAACCCCCCCCAGGACGAAGACUACGAGGAAGUCGACGAGCCCGAAGCACCAUCGCCAGCAGCCUCAGCUGAUGCUGAACGGGAUCCUGCGGUGAAGGCCGCGGUGGAAGCCGCGGACAGGGCUCGACUCGCUUACCACGAUGCCGAACGGAAGCAUAAAGAAAUCGAACAGGAGCUCGAGAAAUUCGAGCAAAUUGUCAGCGGAGAUUUCGGAGAGGAGUCGGAGUUCGUUCCCCUCCGUGGCGAAUGCUUCGAAUUCGCGGAGAAGGAGUACAUCUACAAAAUGUGUCCUUUCGACAAGAGUUCACAGCGGUCAAAAGAUGGCGGUUCCGAGACAAGCUUGGGCCGAUGGGUACGAUGGGAGCAACGCGACGGGAACAGAUACGCGGCGAUGAAAUUCGAAGGAGGAACUGGCUGCUGGAAUGGUCCGUCGCGUUCCACCGUAGUCCUCCUUCAGUGCGGGCUGAGCAACCAGUUGGUCUCAGCGACGGAGCCUUCUCGUUGUGAAUACCAAUUUGAAUUCGCGACCCCAGCGGCCUGCGUCGCCGGUAUGCCGAUCGCGCCGCAGGGCAGCGGCGCCGCUUCGGGGACUGAGCACGAUGAACUUUGAAGUACCGCACGUUUUUUAAUAAUUAUAUUUCCAUGAGGCCUCGGACUGAUCCUCAAUGAAACGAAUAAAGCGCGCGAAGUUGGCGUCUUUCAUU